AUUGGUAGGUUUCUUUGGUUUCAUUCUCGAAUUUCAGAUAAUAGUAUUCAUAAUUAUAGAGAGAGCAUCAUCGAAUUUACUACAACAAUCAUUUGAAGAGGUUCCAAUCCAUCGUAGUGGUGCUACACGAACAGAAGAUGCAGAACUUGGAGAACUACGUGAGACUGUUGCUCUUCUCACAGCUCAAUGUACUCAACUAGAUGAAGCUAAUCGAGCAUGGCAACAAUAUCA